AUGGCGCCAAUACAAGCAGACAACACAUGCCUACUGUACAAGGAAAGAAUAGCGCAAUACGUCUCCCUCCCGCCUUCUUGCCUUUCAACUCCACUCCCAGCCCUCUGCGCAAGCAUAUUCUCGCCUCUACUCUUGAGCUACUUUCCCCCAGCACGCGGAAUCGUACUAGCAUACGAGGACGUUGAAUUGCGCGAUUCACCUCCACCGCCACCAUCAAACAAGUCUGCCGCACAACGGCAACAACAACGGCAACAAGAAAGCGACUCGGACGAUGCGCCCAGCCCGGACCCCAUCCUUCUCCUCCAUCACAUCGACGAAUACGCCUCCCCUUUUCUCUGGGCAACAGCCACCUUCCUCGUCUUCCGCCCAACCCUCCACGCUCCCUUGACGGGAACCCUGACCCACCAAUCCCGCACCCACAUCACGCUCUCUUACCUCAACACCUUCCCCGUCAGUGUCCUUGCCGCACACCUACCCUCCACAUGGUCCUGGCAAGUCGAUAGCAACACCGCCACCACCACGGCCGCCCGGUAUAAAAAUGGCUGGGAUGGGAGGUUGAGGGACGAGGGCGGGUGCUGGGUGAUUGAGGGGGAAGGCAAGGCGGAGAGUGGGAGGAGUGUGGAGGUGAGGAUUAGGGAUUUCGAUGGUAGGUUAGAUGGCAAAGGCAAGGGAAAAGGGUUUUUGAGGAUUGAGGGGAGUUUGCUGGGCAAGGACGAGGAGGCAGAGAGGUUGCAAAAGGGAAAGGAGAGGGCGUGA